UAAAUCUUACAUUAUCAAGACUGGAGCAACGGCUGAUACAAAUGCAGAAGAGUUAUUGGGGAAGUAACUGCCAUAAAAUUGGCUAUGCUUCAAAUCGAAUUAAAAAACAUGUCAGUAGUUCUGCUGGUAAAGAUGCAUCACCGGAUCCUGUUCCAGAAUCAUCUCAAUCAAAAAGGAAAUAUUCUGCCACAAAUGGCAAGGCAACUCCAUUGGCAUCGGAUGAACUGAAUUCACACAGUAAACAAAAAAGGAUACGAAAAGAAACCGAAAGAUAUGUUGAAUACACAAAUGGUAGAGACCAAAGUUCAUCCGAACAAUCAUCAUAUGCUGAUGAUGACAGUGAUCAAAAUGAUGAUGUCUUGCCAAAGAACCAAACAAAGGGUGAUAGUCGAAAGACACGUAUUUUUGAAAAGUCAUUUGGAAAUAAGAAUGUAAGUUUUCAGGAUUCUACAUCAAGGGAAAAAGCCUUGCGGUCUAAACAAGGAUCUAUGCAAGAGGUUGGGCAUUAUGCUAUCUCAAUUUUUCUGUCAUCUCUUUUUCUCCGCUAGUAUACAUCCAUGUUUUACAUUUUU